CAUAGAUAAGCUUCACAUUCAGUGAUCCAUAAAUAAACCAUACGGUAUUAUUUUGGAGUCUUAAAAUGGAUGACACUGUUAAAUACGGUGUUAUAGGAGUAUUUCUAGCGUUUACGUUGGGAGCUGCUUACAUUUUCGAGAGGAGAUUGAAUGGUGUUUACAAGGAAGGACACACACGUGACAAGGAGUUGUCGUUCUUUAAACAAAGAAAUGCAGACUUAGAAGUGAAAGUAGAAACUCUGGAAGCUGAACAAUCUUUUUUAAAGACAUCAAUGGAGGAAUUAAUUGAAGAGAUAAAACUAAUGAAGCUCAUUCCGCCAGUGAAUGAAGAAGUCUCACAGAAAAUCCAAAACCUCGAUACACAGAUAAAACGACUUACAAGUUGUCCUCAGGCCUGGAACAAGCAUGGCAAAUCAUGUUAUAUGUUAAACAAACGGAAAUUAACAUGGACAGAUGCUGAUCAAUUCUGCAGAAUCCUGUCUGCAAGACUAGCUGAAAUUGGCACGAAGAGUGAAAACGACUUUAUUUACAAUAUUAUCAAAUACGACACAGAUCGAGCUUGGUUAGGCGGUGUAGAUACGGAAAAAGAAGGCACAUGGACGUGGAGUUUCUCGCAGAUACCACUGACAUUUCAAAACUGGGACCAGGGUGAACCCAAUAAUGACAAUAGAAACGAAUACUGUUUGGAAAUAUUGGGAACAAAAUAUGGACGCUGGAAUGACUAUCCAUGCUCAAAUCUAAUGGCAUCUGUCUGCGAAAAAGAUUUGUAGUGUUGUACAGGGGUACAUGAUCAUGUCGUGUUUGUGUAUGAUAGAGAAUGUGGUAAAUACUCUAUCACCUGCUAUAUUAUCAAAUUGUUUUCCUUAAAAUACUGAAAGGAAAAAUCCCUGUAUCAGCAAAUUAAAAUCAUUUUGUUCUAUAUCAACCAGGAAAUAUAAAUCCAGGUCUGCUUUAAACAUAGAUUAAAUCUUUAAAUUAAUAUGAUAAAAGUACAUUACCUGAAAAUCGAGAAAUUUUGGAUUAUGAGAGAAUGGAGGAUAUUUGCAAUAGCUACAGUAUUCAAUGACCCAAACAAGAAAAUAUGCUUUAAAAUUUUUGCAGGAAUUGCUAAUUAUAUGCCAUGGUUUCAACAGUCUGCUUUUCACAAAUUCUCUAGUCGUUAUAACGAUCUAGUUUGCCGAUGCAAUUUUUCAUUGGGUCAAAUCCUGUCUGAUAUGUUUUGUAAAGAAAUCUAUUGAAUGAUAUACAAAGUGUUUUAGAUAAAGAUUUUACUGUAUGUUUCAGCAUUUCUUUGGCUAAUAGAAGCAGUACUCGUUGCUUUAUUUAUUGAAACAUUACAGAGAACGUCUAAGAUAUCUUGUUCAUUAAUAAUAAUAUGACCAAUAGUAUCAUUGCACAAGUACUUAUCAGGUAAUUUCACACCUGUAACAUUCAUAUUUGAA